CAAGAUGGGGAGCCCGCAUCCAAGCGUCCAUGUAAUGCAACCGAUUCACGCAGCACUGCAGACAAGUGGGAAUGUCCUCGGCACGAAAAGGUUUACUGCAACAUGGUAGAGAGGUCUGCACAAACGAGAAGAGUCCACCCGAACAACAACGUGUAGAAACUAGCAUCACCCAGACCACCACAGUACUCAAUACCAGACGACUGGAUCCUUCAACAGCCGAGGUUGUAGUACCGGGACCGAGUCGAAUGAGUCCAACCACCAGCAACGACUCACAGACGAGUGCGGAAAGCAGAACAAUUCGCUGUGAUAGUUGCAACUGUGAGGUACCGAGGAAUGCACAUGCAGCACAUCGGAAAGGCAUCAAACAUAAGGCACAUCUAUGGACACCAUUACACAAUAAUGUGUCAGUAUGUCGAAAUGUCUCAAAAACGGUAAUAUAUGACUUUUUCUAUGACUUUCUGAAGUACCAAUAUAGUGAUAACGUGUCGUUAGCAUACACGGGCACGGAUUCGUUAAUAGUACAUGUUGAAACCGAUAAUUUCUAUGAAGACAUGAAAUCACACAUGCAUUACUUUGACAUAUCCUAUUAUGAUGCUGACAACCCACAUAACAUGCCUCGAACAGCGUCAGAGUUGGGUAAGAUGAAAGACGAAUAUGAUGGUAAAGUACUGGGUGCCUUUUAUGGUACAGGUCUCAAAGCAUACUGUAUCGAUGCUGUAGAUCAAGUGGCUAAACGAGCCAAAGGUAUAUCUAAGGCGAGUGUGAAACAUCAAUUACAUUUGUUACCUUAUAAGGAUAUUGUUGAGGAGAAACGGACAUUUGUGUACUGUACGAUUUAUGUAUUUAAAUCGGAGUCGCACAAUAUAUAA